GAGACAGACAGCUGCAGACACCGGCGAGAAGCCCACCGUGCAUACCGUGCAUAACCUCACCUUGAAACCCCCGCAGCUGAGUGAGUGGAGACGGCUCCGGUGUUUGUUGACGUCGCCCGGUUUGUGUCGGUAAAAGACAGAAAAAAGAAAAAAAAGAGAGAGAGAGAGAGAGAGAGAAACAGAGGAGGGUCACUGCUUGCCACUGGAUCCACACUGCGACGCAUCUGCGCAGACACUACACAAACCAAGAGACGGUGGGGAAACGUCGCAUCAGUGUUAAUAAAUGAAAAUGCCGUUUACCGUGAACGGCAUCCUCUGCACGCUCGCGCUGCUGGUGCUGUGGCGGGUGGAGGAGCUCGCGGAAGCCUGCAGCUGUGCUCCGGUUCAUCCGCAACAGGCUUUCUGCAACGCCGAUGUAGUGAUUCGAGCAAAGGUGGUGGGAGAGCGAGAGGUGGAUUCUGGGAACGAUAUCUACGGGAACCCCAUCAAGAGGAUCCAGUAUGAGAUCAAACAGAUCAAGAUGUUCAAGGGGCCGAACCAGGACAUCGAGGCUGUCUUCACCGCUCCUGUGUCCGCUGUCUGUGGCGUUACCCUGGAUGCCAGCGGCAAGAAGGAGUACCUGAUCUCAGGCAAGGGCGAGGGCAGCGGGCGCAUGCAUGUGACCCUGUGUGAUUACAUCAUGCCCUGGGACUCUCUGAGCACCACCCAGAAGAAGAGCCUCAGCCAGCGCUACCAGAUGGGCUGUGACUGCAAGAUCGUGCGCUGUCCCUCUCUGCCCUGUGAGAUCUCCGCCCCCGAGGAGUGUCUGUGGACGGACCUGAUGAUCGAGAAGCAGGUGCACGGUCGCCAGGCCAACCACUAUGCCUGCGUCAAGAGAGCGGACGGCUCCUGCUCCUGGUACCGCGGCGUCGCACCGCCCAAGAAGGAGUUCCUGGAUGCCGAGGACCCCUAGUCGAGUGGCACGCUUGACUGCCCACUGCACAGCCUGACGAAAAUAAAUGUAAACGAUUCCAAUGAAAUUUUAAGAUAACAACAUCAGGCGAAGUGAUUUUUUCUUUUGUUUUUUUUUUUGACAGAAAAAAAAAGGCAAAUGUGACUGAAAUGAACUGCUGGUCUGAAAACAAUCUUUAGCCUCUCUUUGUAAUUUGCUGUCUGUAAGCAUUUGAGUCAGGAGAGCAAUAUGAGGGUACGUUCGAGUUCGACGGCGAAAAAACGAAAGGAAAGGCUCAGAGGUUGUUCUCAGACUGCAGCAUCUGUGUAAAAACAAGCAAAAUGCAUCAUGAGACAUAGACUGGUCGAGUGAUGAUGAAACUUCCUCCUGAGGCUGGCGUCAGGAGGAGACAAAUUCUCGGUGAGACAGAGCACUUCCUGCCCCCCCCUCCUCCCUCCUCCCACUCCCACCAUGCAAAGCUCUUUAUUAGCUCUGCUCUCCGACUCCACUAAUCAGUCCCCGAAUCUACGGACAAUCAUUCGUUACCCAUCGUGUUUCUACUUUUUUAUUACCUCAUUCUCCAUUUUAUUCCAAAGCCAAAUUCCAAGUUGCCUUUUUUUAAAAUGAUUGUCUCCCUCUCUUCCCCCCGCCCAGACGAACGCUAAUGUUAUUAUUAUUUUUUACUUCUUCUUUCAUCAUAUCUGCUGGGAACUGUUUGGCUGCCGGUGACUUACAGUAGGUGACGCCCACUUUAUUUGUUUCUUUAAAAAAAAAAGAAAAGAAAAAAAGAACAUGAUUCAUCUUGCAUGGCUGAUAGCAUUUCUGGUUUCAUUUCCUGUGGCGAUUUUUUAACCGCUGCCUGUGACCAUCGCAGGCCUCACUGGACCAGUCUAUGCUGUGUGAAGAUGUGAGCGCUCUAAAUUUAAACCUGCUCGUGAGGUAAAACAGCACCUCUUCACCGCCCCACAGUCUAAUCAGAAAUGUCCGAAAUAGUCCCUCCUUCGAAUCUUCCCCCUCUUCCACCCUUCUUAUUCCCACUAUGUAGCUGUACAGUACCUAUGCAUAGACUUUUUUUUUGUUGUUACUUGAUAAUUAUUAUUUACUGCAUUAGAACUAGAUUUGCACUUUUUGAGGAUGAGUUCCAGUAAAGACAAGAGCCUGAACACUCUGAUGUGACAGUUAUUAUCCCCCAGACCGACAGAUCCACCUCAGGUGCAGAUUUUGCCUAUUUUGAGUGCUUUUGGUGAUCCAUAUCUAUCCACAAGCUUAAUAUCGCCAAUCUUUGUCGUAACUGAUAAAGUAGGCAGCGAAAGGAGGAGAGAGAGAAGAAAAAAAAACAACAACACAAAAGUGGCGUGUGAGAGGUGUGGAUAUUAAAGGAUCUUUUUGCAGAUUUUAUGUGUGAAAGAGAAACAAAAAAUAGCUCGUGGGAUGUUAUUUCAGUGUCUUUGUAUUAUCUGUUGAUUGUAAAUGCAAACAGCAGUUUUCAUAAUUUGCCAAUAUAUUCUCGCGGACGGUUCAUUUCAUGAGUAAUAAGGUCUUACAACGCUUAAUGUUAGCUUUGACUUGUCUUUCCUGCUCCUUCCAGUUAUUAAUGAAAAGCUUUAUCGCUGUCCUAGAAAGCAAGUUACUCAAUCAAAGUUUACAGUGCUGUUUUAUACACCUCAAGCUACAUUAACAAAAAAAUAUAUAUAUGAUGGAGUAUUAGAGGCAUAAUUUAAAAGUAAACUCUUUCCAUUUUCCAUUACUUUGUAUUUUUUCAGUGUUAUUAUUAUACCUGUCAUGAUUUUUGUGUGUUUUUUUCGCUGUCUUUGUCUACGAUGUCUUUAGCUGUAGUGUCAAGUCGAGAAGGUCCUCUUGCGCUGGAGUCACGUGAGAGUGAGAGAGAAUAAUCCUUUUUGGGAGAGGUGUAGAGAAAUGAGUAUCUUGUGUGAAUAGAGGACUGUGCAUGUGUUUGAUGCUUUGUGUAAGUCCAGGCGAAGGACAAAAUAUUCAGUAUUAUCAAAUAAAAACCACACGUUUGAAAGAAUAAA